AUGGCAUAUAUUGGAUGGAUAGGCACAUUCGAGGGUGUCAAAGGUACUGGUAAAGAGAAAGUUUUUGAGAGUCAGUUAGUUACAGACCUGAGGGCUCUGGGGGCAGUGUUUUCCUGUAAGACCGCUGUACCGCCUCCUCGAAUGACGCCAGAGAUGAACAACAACAUUACUGGGUAUCUCUGGAAUCCCAAAACCGGAAUCUGA